AUGAAUCUUUUUCAGGUUGCCUGGGUCACACGAUCGGGCAGCUCCGAACUCUCUGAGCCGGUCGCCAUCCGGCCGACCAGCGAAACCAUCAUGUAUCCCUCCUUUGCCAAGUGGAUACAGUCGCAUCGCGAUCUGCCACUCAAGUUGAACCAAUGGAGCAAUGUUGUUCGUUGGGAAUUCAAGCAUCCACAACCUUUUAUCAGGUCAUUAUAUCAAAUUGAUAUCCAACUCUGUUAA